AUGUAUAAUCAUGCACUGUAUUCUUUCGUUCACACACGCGCAACCACGGACCGCGCAUUCACAUUCAAGCUCCAUACACUCAAGCACCAUACAUCCAAGCGCCAUACAUCCAAGCACCAUACACCCAAGCACCAUACACCCAAGCACCAUACACCCAAGCACCAUACACCCAAGCACCAUACACCCAAGCACCAUACACCCAAGCACCAUACACCCAAGCACCAUACACCCAAGCACAAUACACCCAAGCACCAUACACCCAAGCACCAUACACCCAAGCACCAUACACCCAAGCACAAUACACCCAAGCACAAUACACUGAAACACCAUACACCCAAGCACAAUACACUGAAGCACCAUACACCCAAGCACAAUACACUGAAACACCAUACACCCAAUCACAAUACACUCAAGCACCAUACAACCAAGCACCAUACACUCAACGACCAUACACCCAAGCACAAUACACUCAACCAUCAUACAACCAAGCACCAUGUAAUGUACACAGAGAAUCGCCAAAUAACUGCAUUGUAA